GAAGAAUGAAGUUCUUGGCAAGAAACCGGAGGCCGUCGGUGCAAGACAUUCUGAUUCACGGCUUCUUGGAGAUGGAGAAUUCUGCAGAGGAUGGCAGAUGCAAUGUUCGGGUCGGAGCGGAGUGCACUGAGUACUCCUCGAGAAGUAUAAAGGUCCCACGGUCUUUCACACUCAUUAAGCUACUCACGCCCUUGGUUAUUCAUUGAUUGUCGUUGGAAAUCAAACAUGUUCCUUUCAAAGCUCAUUUUUGCUGCUCUGGCAGCGACCACUGCAAUUGCUCAUCCUGGCCCUGACCAUGCCGUGCCUCGUGCAGAAAUUCAGCGGCGUAAUGGGCUAGCCAAGCAAUGUGCCAACCACGCAGCGGAUUUCAAUCGGCGCCGCAUGGCGAAGAGAGCAAUGCAGAAACGCUGGGAAGGUUCGGGUCACAACUCGACUUUCGAGAUUACCACAGACGCCCCUUACUACGACACCAUCCAGAACGACACUUGUGUCCUCAGUCCCGAGGUAACCCGUGGUCCCUACGUCUGGCCGCGCUCUCAGAUUCUACGCCAGGAUAUGACGGAGGGCCAAGCAGGUGUGCCUUUGUGGCUUGAUGUGGGAGUCCUCGACAUGGCGACCUGCGAGCCCUUACCGAAUGUCCUCGUCGACUUCUGGCACUGUAAUGCGACCGGCUCUUACUCCUCGUUUACUCACCUUUCACCCAAUACCCCGUUUAGCAAGCUUCUGGAUGAACUGAAUAUCACUGAUUUCGAGAUUGGUGUUACCGAUCUGCAUACGGACGAUACUACCUUCCUGCGGGGAAUGUGGCCCACUGACGAGAAUGGAGUCAUGGAGAUCAAGACUAUAUUCCCAGGGUUCUACGUCCAGCGUGCUAUUCAUAUACAUGUUCAAGCACACACUGACUGGAUUGUCCGAGGAAACGGCACAAUUGUUUCCGGCAAUACCGUAAGCACUGGACAGCUCUAUUUCGAUGAAGCGCUUUCGCAGCAGGUUAUGAGCUUGGAGCCUUACGCCUCACACACUCAAGUCAAUCGUACCACCAACGCACAGGAUGCUAUAUUCCCCAAGGGCACUGACGGAGGAUUCAAUCCCGUUGUAUCCGUUGUCCCAACGGAUGGUGAGGAUGUCAGCAAGGGGAUGAUUGGAUACAUUACUAUGGGCGUAGACACAGCUGCGAUUAAGACUUUUAAGAAGUAAUGGUCUACUUCGGAUUGAGUCUUCGGGGUUGUCAAUAUGCAAGGGUUAGCUGGGCUUGUAUGGAACUUAGUGGAAGAGGGAUCCAUUUGAACACCAGCUGCAAAAUCAAAAGAGAGAGAAAAAAGGAUACUCAAAUGAUUCAUACGUAC